GAACUGCGGCAGCAUAUCCUAUGUUCGUUGUUGAAUGAAGUAGAAAUAAUGAGAGGACUGAACCAUCGAAACAUUGUGCAUUACAACCACACUCUGCCAAGCCCUCGGCAUCUAUACAUUAUCAUGGAAUAUUCAGCACACGGUUCCUUACUCAAAUACAUAAGGUCACAGCCUCGGCAGUGCGUUUCCGAGCUUAUUAGUGCAGGUAUCACGGCGCAAGUUUUAGAGGGAUUGGUAUACCUUGCCAAUCUGAGUAUUGUGCAUGGUGAUGUCAAAGCAGCCAACGUGUUACUGUUUCCGCAUGGGGUGAUCAAACUCUGCGACUUUGGUUUGAGUUUCCAGUGGGACGAUGAAAAUACAGAAGACUACGAUGACUACCAUCUCGUCAGCAAAGAAAACAGCAAUAAGCAACUGCAGAAGAUAGCCGCCAAUGGCUCUGCAUAUUGGCUUGCGCCCGAAAUCAUACUUCACCGUAUGGCGACACCCAAGUCGGAUAUCUGGUCACUGGGUGCAACAGUGCUGGAAAUGCUGACCGGGUUCCCACCAUUCAGCAACCGUGGCCCUUUAAGUGCAUGCCAUGCUGUGGGGAGUGGAACCAAAAUAGACUAUCCGCAUGGAAUAAGCGACGGCUGCAAACUGUUUUUAGAAUCCUGCUUCCAAUACAACCCGACCUUGCGAUCUAGAGCCCGAACUUUGCAAAACCACCCCUGGAUU